UUAUAUUUUAUAUUUUCUGAAAUAUGAGAAUUUUAAUAUUUAUCUCAAGAUGCAAAAAUGCAAAUAAUUGAAAGACGAAUUGAACUUGAACGAGAAAGGGAGGAGAUAGAUAAAGAUGUUGCCAAGCUACUCAAGCAGUUGAAUCCUGGUUGGAAGAAACGAGAUAUAAUUAUUCACUCGUUAAACCCUACUCUUAAACUAGGAUACUCAGAUAAACAGACCAACUACAAACUUCUAGUCAAGAUUCUAAGAGAUGAUGAUGAUCAAAAAGUUGAAGAGUAUUUCUCUCGAUUAAACCAAGCUUACUCCAGAGGUGUAUCUCCGGAGCUGGUUGGAGUAUUUAAGAAUGGAUCCGUCCAGCGCUAUUCAUAUCACAACCCGGAGCAAGACAAAUCCACACUGAACCAGACAGAGGGAGAAGGUCAGUUCAUGCAGACCACUUUGAGACCUCAUAGUUCCUCCUCUAGUUUUCCUCUAGUUUUCUAUGAGAAAUGUUAAUUUAUAAAUUCAAAAGAGUAUUAAAUAUGAUAGAUUAAAAUUGUCUAAAAUUGAAAUAAUAAAGGUUUACACCAUCA